AUGGGGAAGAUUCAGCGUUCGGUGAUGCCCAAGGGCGGUCGCCGCGGCUCCACCGGCCUGAAGGGCAAGAUCCAUCGGUCCGUGAGCCGCCCGCCGGUCAAGAAGACCAUCAGCCGCGACCGGAGCAAGGACUACCACGGAGUCGACAAGCUGGAGCUCAAGAUUCGCGCUCUGGAGGAGGAGGAAGCGGCGGGGUGGCCCGGGUGCAACGCGCUCAUCAUCAAGGCGAAGGUGAAGGAGCUCAAGAACGCCCGCGCCAAGCUAGCAAUCAAGGACCAGAAGCAGGAGCGUUAG